CUGGGCUCCGACUGACUGAACACAGACACAAACAUGACAGACUUCAGCUUCUGUGUGUUGUUUCUCAUCGGGUUUACAGCUUCAGUGAGGAGCGACAAGCUGAAGGCGACUGUGUACUGGGACGCGACCCAUAAGUCUGCAGUGCUGAAGCAGGGCAUCCUGGACCCGGCAGGCGCCUCUUACGGUUACUAUGACGAUGUUCUGCUGUCGACCGGAUGGGGCGUGCUGGAGGUGCGAGCGGGAUAUGGGGACACAACGCAGACUGAUGACAUCACCAUGUUCACAGCCGGAUACCUGGAGGGCUUCCUCACCGCACCGCAGAUCUUUGAUCACUACACCAACAUGUACCCGCAGAUCAUCCAGAGCCCCAAAACACUGAUAGCGGUCAAACGCUUCAUGGCUAAACAGGACGAGUGGAGUCGUCUGCAGGUCAAGCGUAACACCACUGACCCACUGUGGAUUCACACUGGACUGAUCCUGGCUCAGCUGGACGGACUGCAGGCCGGAGUCAACCAAUGGGCCAAACAACACGGCCGGAAGCCUCUGUCUCAGUUUGCGGCUCAGUUUCUGAAUGCAGUGGGUGAUCUGCUGGAUCUGAUCCCGGCUCUGAGUCCUGGAGAGUCUACUGUUCGUCACCGCUAUCCUGAUAUACCCAUGGGGCACUGCUCUGCUCUCAUAAAGAUGCUGCCAGGCUUUGAGAACCUGUUGUUUGCUCACUCCAGCUGGUACACUUACGCUGCCACCAUGCGCAUCUACAAACACUGGGACUUCAGACUGACUGAGCCGCACACCGCCACCGGCAAACUCUCCUUCAGCAGCUACCCCGGGUUUCUGGUGUCUCUGGAUGACUUCUACCUGCUGGGCAGUGGGUUAAUGAUGACCCAGACCACUAAUAACGUCUUUAACAUGUCUCUGUUCUCCUCCGUCACUCCUGCCAGUCUGUUCGCAUGGCAGCGGGUUCGACUGGCUAACACUCUGGCCAGAACUGGAGCUCAGUGGGCAAACACCUUUUCCAGAUACAACUCUGGCACCUAUAAUAACCAGUACAUGAUCGUAGACUCCAGUAAGGUGAAUCUGGGGGUCAGUGUGGAUGACGGAGCUCUGACUGUGGUGGAGCAGAUCCCGGGACUGGUGGAGUUCUCAGACCAGACGCAGACACUGCGCAGAGGUUACUGGCCGUCCUAUAACGUGCCGUUCCACCGGCGCAUCUACGAGCUGAGCGGAUAUGAUGAGAUGUGGAGGAAGUACGGUGAGGAUUUCUCCUACGAUCUCUGUCCUCGAGCAAAGAUCUUCCGCAGAGACCAGUCUGCAGUCACCGACAUGAGCUCGCUCAAACACAUCAUGAGAUACAAUGAAUAUAAGAGCGAUCCGUACUCUCAGGGUAAUCCGUGUAAGUCCAUCUGCUGCAGAAACGACUUGCUAGAACACGGGGCGAGUCCUGGAGGCUGCUAUGACACCAAGGUGACGGAUGUGCGUUUGGCUCGGAGCUUCAUGGCAGAGGCGAUCAAUGGUCCGACCACAGCGGGAGGAGACCUGCCAGCGUUCAGCUGGACGGACUUUAACAGCACCACACACACCGGCCUUCCGGAGCGGUACAAUUUCAGCUUCGUCCACAUGAAGCCACAACUCUUCCAGCCCUGAAAAACCUGACUCCAGAUCAGUCUCACUGAGAAACAUGCAGAAACUCCAUAUAUGAGGAGCUCGGUUUUACUUUCUGACUGAUGAAUGUAGACUGUAGAUCAGCGUCCACUGUGCA